AUGCAGCUGAGCCGCGCCGCCGCCGCUGCCGCCGCCGCCGCCGCCCCUGCGGAGCCCUCGGCGCAGCUGUCCCCCGCGCCGGCCCCGGCCCCGGCCCCCCCCGGCCCCCUCCCGCGCAGCGCGGCCGACGGGGCUCCGGCGGGGGGGAAGGGGGGGCCGGGGCGCCGCGCGGAGCCUCAGCGCGCUCCGCUCUCGGCCGCGAGCCGCCCGGGCUCCGGCCCGGGCGCCGGCGCUGGGAUGGACGGCCCCGGGGCCAGCGCCGUGGUCGUGCGCGUCGGCAUCCCGGACCUGCAGCAGACGAAGUGUCUGCGCCUGGACCCGGCCGCGCCCGUAUGGGCCGCCAAGCAGCGCGUGCUCUGCGCCCUCAACCACAGCCUCCAGGACGCGCUCAACUACGGGCUCUUCCAGCCGCCCUCCCGGGGCCGUGCGGGCAAGUUCCUGGACGAGGAGCGGCUCUUGCAGGAGUACCCGCCCAACCUGGACACGCCCCUGCCCUACCUGGAGUUUCGAUACAAGAGGCGAGUUUAUGCCCAGAACCUCAUUGAUGAUAAGCAGUUUGCAAAGCUUCACACAAAGGCAAACCUGAAGAAGUUCAUGGAUUACGUCCAGCUGCACAGCACGGACAGGGUGGCCCGCCUGCUGGACAAGGGGCUGGACCCCAAUUUCCACGAUCCUGACUCAGGAGAGUGUCCUCUGAGCCUCGCGGCCCAGCUGGACAAUGCCGCGGACCUGCUGAAGGUGCUGCGGAACGGCGGCGCGCACCUGGACUUCCGCACUCGAGACGGCCUCACGGCCGUGCACUGCGCCACGCGCCGGCGGAACGCCGCGGCCUUGACGACCCUGCUGGACCUGGGCGCUUCACCCGACUACAAGGACAGCCGCGGCCUGACGCCCUUGUACCACAGCGCCCUGGGGGGCGGGGACGCCCUCUGCUGUGAGCUCCUUCUUCACGACCACGCUCAGCUGGGGACCACAGAUGAGAAUGGCUGGCAGGAGAUCCAUCAGGCCUGCCGCUUUGGGCACGUGCAGCACCUGGAACACCUGCUGUUCUACGGAGCUGACAUGGGGGCUCAGAACGCCUCAGGGAACACAGCCCUGCACAUCUGUGCCCUUUAUAACCAGGAGAGCUGUGCUCGAGUCCUGCUUUUCCGUGGAGCUAACAAGGAUGUCCGCAAUUACAAUAGCCAGACCGCCUUCCAGGUGGCCAUCGUCGCAGGGAACUUUGAGCUCGCCGAGGUCAUCAAGACCCAUAAAGACUCGGACGUUGUCCCAUUCAGGGAAACCCCCAGUUAUGCAAAGCGACGGCGGCUGGCUGGCCCCAGUGGCCUGGCCUCCCCUCGGCCCCUGCAGCGCUCAGCCAGUGACAUCAACCUGAAGGGUGAGGUGCAACCAGCAGCUUCGCCAGGACCCUCGCUGCGCAGCCUCCCCCACCAGCUGCUGCUCCAGCGGCUGCAAGAGGAGAAAGACCGAGAUCGGGAUGGUGACCAAGAGAAUGACAUCGGUGGCCCCACAGCAGGCAGGGGCAGCCAGAGCAAGAUCAGCCCGAGCGGGCCCGGCGGCCCCGGCGGCCCCGGCCCCGCGCCCGGCCCCGGCCCGGCGCCCCCCGCGCCCCCCGCGCCGCCGCCCCGGGGCCCGAAGCGGAAACUUUACAGCGCCGUCCCCGGCCGCAAGUUCAUCGCCGUGAAGGCGCACAGCCCGCAGGGCGAGGGCGAGAUCCCGCUGCACCGCGGCGAGGCCGUGAAGGUGCUCAGCAUUGGGGAGGGCGGUUUCUGGGAGGGGACCGUGAAAGGCCGCACGGGCUGGUUCCCGGCUGACUGCGUGGAGGAGGUCCAGAUGAGACAGUAUGACACGCGGCACGAAACCCGGGAGGACCGGACCAAGCGCCUUUUCCGGCACUACACGGUGGGCUCCUAUGACAGCCUCACUUCUCACAGUGACUAUGUCAUUGACGACAAGGUGGCCGUCCUUCAGAAACGGGACCACGAGGGCUUUGGUUUUGUGCUCCGCGGAGCGAAAGCGGAGACCCCCAUCGAGGAGUUCACACCCACGCCGGCCUUCCCUGCGCUCCAGUACCUCGAGUCGGUGGAUGUGGAGGGUGUGGCCUGGAGGGCCGGGCUGCGCACUGGAGACUUCCUCAUCGAGGUGAACGGGGUGAACGUGGUGAAGGUCGGGCACAAGCAGGUGGUGGCCCUGAUCCGCCAGGGCGGGAACCGCCUCGUCAUGAAGGUUGUAUCUGUGACGAGGAAGCCAGAAGAAGAUGGGGCUCGGCGCAGAGCCCCACCGCCCCCCAAGAGGGCCCCCAGCACCACGCUGACCCUGCGCUCCAAGUCCAUGACGGCCGAGCUCGAGGAACUGGCCUCCAUUCGGAGAAGGAAAGGGGAGAAACUGGAUGAGAUCCUGGCAGCCGCCGCGGAGCCUGCGCUGAGGCCGGACAUCGCCGAUGCCGACUCCAGAGCCGCCACCGUCAAACAGCGGCCCACCAGUCGGAGGAUCACCCCCGCCGAGAUCAGUUCUUUGUUUGAGCGCCAGGGCCUCCCAGGCCCAGAAAAGCUGCCCGGCUCCCUGCGGAAGGGGAUUCCACGGACCAAGUCUGUAGGGGAGGACGAGAAGCUGGCAUCCCUGCUGGAGGGACGCUUCCCGAGGAGCACUUCGAUGCAAGACCCUGUGCGCGAGGGCCGCGGCAUCCCGCCCCCGCCGCAGACCGCGCCGCCGCCCCCACCCGCCCCCUACUACUUCGACUCGGGGCCGCCCCCUGCCUUCUCGCCGCCGCCCCCUCCGGGCCGCGCCUACGACACAGUGCGCUCCAGCUUCAAGCCCGGCUUGGAAGCGCGCCUGGGCGCUGGGGCCGCAGGCCUGUAUGAUCCCGGCGCGCCGCUGGGGCCGCUGCCCUACCCCGAGCGGCAGAAGCGCGCGCGUUCCAUGAUCAUCCUGCAGGAUUCCGCGCCGGAGAUGGGCGACGUGCCCCGGCCACCGCCUGCGGCCACCCCGCCAGAGCGUCCCAAGCGUCGGCCGCGGCCGCCAGGGCCCGACAGCCCCUAUGCCAACCUGGGCGCCUUUAGCGCCAGCAUCUUCGCGCCCUCCAAGCCUCAGCGCCGCAAGAGCCCGUUGGUGAAGCAGCUCCAGGUAGAAGACGCCCAGGAGCGCGCGGCCCUGGCCGUGGGCAGCCCGGGCCCGACCGGCGGCAGCUUCGCCCGCGAGCCCUCCCCAACGCACCGGGGCCCUCGGCCAAGCGGUCUCGACUACGGCCUUGCGGACAGCCCCGGCCUCGCCUUUGGGGGCCCGGGGCCCGGCAAGGACCGGCGGCUGGAGGAGCGGCGCCGCUCCACCGUGUUCCUGUCGGUGGGAGCCAUCGAGGGCAGCCAGCCCAGCGCGGACCUGCCCUCCCUGCAGCCCUCCCGCUCCAUCGAUGAGCGCCUUCUGGGGACCAGCCCCACCGCCGGCCGUGACCUGCUCCUGCCCUCCCCCGUCUCUGCUCUGAAGCCAUUGGUCGGCGGCCCAAGCCUUGGGCCUUCAGGCUCCACCUUCAUCCACCCACUCACCGGCAAGCCCCUGGACCCCAGCUCCCCCCUGGCCCUCGCCCUGGCUGCCCGGGAACGGGCUCUGGCCUCCCAGGCGCCCUCCCGGUCUCCCACGCCGGUGCACAGCCCUGACGCCGACCGCCCUGGGCCCCUGUUUGUGGAUGUCCAGGCCCGAGACUCUGAGCGAGGGGCCCUGGCCUCCCCAGCCUUCUCCCCGAGGAGCCCGGCCUGGGUUCCUGUGCCUGCUCGCAGGGAGCCGGAGAAAGCACCCCGGGAGGAGCGUAAGUCGCCGGAGGACAAGAAGUCCAUGAUCCUCAGUGUCCUGGACACGUCCCUGCAGCGGCCAGCCGGCCUCAUCGUCGUGCACGCCACCAGCAAUGGGCAGGAGCCCAGUGGGCUGGCGGCCGAAGAGGAGCGUCCGGGCACCCCAGAGCUGGCCCCCACCCCCACGCAGUCAGCAGUGGUGGCGGAGCCCCUGGCUAGCCCCCGGGCUCAGCCCCCUGGCAGCGCCCCGCCCAGCGACCCCGGGCCAGGCCAGGGCAGCUCCGAGGAGGAGCCGGAGCUGGUAUUUGCUGUGAACCUGCCGCCUGCCCAGCUGUCCUCCAGUGACGAGGAGACCAGGGAGGAGCUGGCCCGCAUUGGGCUGGUGCCGCCUCCCGAAGAGUUUGCCAACGGCGUCCUGCUGGCCACCCCACUUCCUGGCCCAGGUCCCUCGCCCACCACGGUGCCAGGCCCGGCCUCAGGGAAGCCGAGCAGCGAGCCACCUCCCGCCCCCGAGUCUGCGGCUGACUCAGGGGUGGAGGAGGCCGACACGCGCAGCUCCAGCGACCCCCACCUGGAGACCACGAGCACCAUCUCCACGGUGUCCAGCAUGUCCACUCUGAGCUCGGAGAGCGGGGAGCUCACCGACACCCACACCUCCUUCGCCGACGGACACACUUUUCUACUCGAGAAGCCACCAGUGCCUCCCAAGCCCAAGCUCAAGUCCCCGCUGGGGAAGGGGCCGGUGACCUUCAGGGACCCGCUGCUGAAGCAGUCCUCGGACAGCGAGCUCAUGGCCCAGCAGCACCACGCCGCCUCCGCCGGGCUGGCCUCCGCUGCCGGGCCUGCUCGCCCUCGCUACCUCUUCCAGAGAAGGUCCAAGCUGUGGGGGGACCCCGUGGAGAGCCGGGGGCUCCCUGGGCCCGAAGAUGACAAACCAGCUGUGAUCAGUGAGCUCAGCUCCCGCCUGCAGCAGCUGAACAAAGACACGCGCUCCCUGGGGGAAGAGCCGGCUGGUGGCCUGGGCGGCCUGCUGGACCCCGCCAAGAAGUCGCCCAUCGCGGCAGCUCGGCUCUUCAGCAGCCUCGGUGAGCUGAGCUCCAUCUCAGCGCAGCGCAGCCCCGGGGGCCCGGGCGGCGGGGCCUCCUACCCGGUGCGGCCCGGCGGCCGCUACCCCGUGGCGCGCCGCGCCCCGAGCCCAGUGAAGCCCGCGUCGCUGGAGCGGGUGGAGGGGCUGGGGGCGGGCGCGGGGGGCGCGGGGCGGCCCUUCGGCCUCACACCUCCCACCAUCCUCAAGUCGUCCAGCCUCUCCAUCCCGCACGAGCCGAAGGAGGUGCGUUUUGUGGUGCGCAGCGUGAGCGCACGCAGCCGCUCGCCCUCGCCGUCGCCGCUGCCCUCGCCAGCGCCCGGCCCCGGCCCCGGCCCCGGGGCCCCCGGCCCGCGCCGGCCCUUCCAACAAAAGCCGCUGCAGCUCUGGAGCAAGUUCGACGUGGGCGACUGGCUGGAGAGCAUCCACCUGGGCGAGCACCGCGACCGCUUCGAGGACCACGAAAUCGAGGGCGCGCACCUGCCGGCGCUCACCAAGGACGACUUCGUGGAGCUGGGCGUCACGCGCGUGGGCCACCGCAUGAACAUCGAGCGCGCGCUCAGGCAGCUGGACGGCAGCUGAC